AUGGAAAGAGAAGCAACAAAACGGGAAAGAGGGAAGAAAGGGAAGAAAAAUGAACGUGGUGAGACGCCGCCAGGAAGUAGUUCGGAUCAUUGGGACGGACGCAACACAGCAAGCCUUCACCCCACUACUGAACCAACUGGGCGCGCUAGUAGAAGCAGUGGUGGAACCCGUUUUGAACCGAGGGCGAGGGUACACAGUUUGCCACCCGACUCGCAUCUCGUCUCCUCGGUGCCGCUGCAUGUACCACCAAUAACAACAACAACAACUGGGGGGCGCGCGAAGGUUGCACUGCAACGGCAAAAGCAACAAGAAGAGGAAGAAGAAUUUAGCAAAACCAUGCCGCUGCCUCUCACUACAACCUUUAAUUGGGAUGAGGAGUUGACAGACGAGCACGAAGACUUGUGGCCGCCGCUGGCGGUGCAAAAAGACAGCUUGGCAACAGGGGCACAGAAAAUCACAAUGUCUGCUGCCGCCGGUGACGAAAGGCAAAGCAACGCUAACAGCCGGGCCCCCGAUCACCGCAGUAAUCCUACGCAACGGGAGCGUGCCGCUGGUCUCCUCACCACACUCCCUGCCACGUGCAAGACAACUUCGUAUGUUAGACCAUUUGUGGGAAGUGUGAGAAUUGAAGGAGAGGAAGAAAGUAGGGAUAGUCAGCUCGUAGCUGGCUUAACUUCCACGAGAACGACGUCAGCCUUUACUCCAAGGUCACCACUGGCACGCGCUCCCUUGGGAACAAAUGAGAGGACCUUCAGGUCGAAUAUAAGUUGCACCGGCGGGGCUUUGCGCUGUGAAGCGCUGGGAGGCUUAGAAGGAAGGGUGUGCAACACGCGAGGUGGAGUACCGCGCAGCACGGCGAAGUUUGAUGAUAUUGUGACGCCACCACUCUCGGUUGGCAAAGAUGAGGCUCGGUCAUUCAGCAUCGGUAGAUGCAGCGACAUCCUUAGGGGCGGUGCUCGCAUAUGCCCCGGUGUGGAUACAAGUGAAGACACUGAAGGGAACCGGACGCCUGAGGCGGUGAGCCAGUCACCCACAGUUGAUGUGUCGCAGCCACUAGUGAGGGAAUACUCAUAUUUUGAGGAGCAGAGCGUGAGCAUAAACAGGGGCUUAGGUGAAGGGAGGGAUUUUAGUCCGAGUCUUCCUUGCCAAGGAAUGGUAGAAGAGGGGCCGGGAGUGGACACGAUGGCUGCACGGGCUGAGGGAGGAGAAGAAGUUGGUUCCAACAGUAGAUGGCAGAGGAUUCGGGACCGACUCAGUGCGGCCAAUGCGAAUCCCUUACUCAUCACACUACCGCAAUCACCCUCCUUCUCACCCGUUACUGCCGCGUCUCCGGAGGCAUCAGCGAAUAAUGAGACGGACAGACAUUCGGCUCCACGGGGCCCUUCAACGACAUUAAGCGCUGUGUCCUGUCGGCUGGACCUCAGCAGGCAUCCAUCGAGUACAGCGAUGUCAGCCCUCACAGGACCAAUGGAUAAAUCGUGGAGGGCAGAGUCCGAUACCAUCGGCGGGCGAGGAAGCCGAACUCCUCAGCAAAUCUCACCAUGCAAACGAAAGAAGGGGAUGGACAGUGGCGAAAAGAGGAAGGUGUUGCGGAAGGAUAAUGAUCACCCGCCACAAAACGGCUCAGUUAUAUCAAGGCCAGCUGUCCUUACGGGCUUCAACGCAGCAGAGGUGGUGUCGGGCUUGUUUAUUGGUUCCUAUGCCGACUCCAAAAGGCCUGAGGUUCUAGCUGAGCGGGGCAUCUCGCUGGUAAUAAACGUAGCGACGGAGUGUGCAGUGACCCCUGAAAUGCUGAAUAACCCAUGCAACGUCCACUACAUGAAAUUCCACAUGAAGGAUAACAGUGAUGAGGAUGUUGCGCGGUACCUGGUAUCCUUCGCACAGCUGAUUCACACUCAGCUGCACCGUCGGCAGUUUGAGCUGACCAGAACGGAAACGACUCCCCCGUUCUGCAAGCACCCGACGAAUGGCAACACCAACUGUUGUCAUAGUUCGCAAUGCGCCGCGGGUAGCACCGGCAGUAAUGCCACAAAAGUCGCUACGAACGGUGCGGUGGGCACCAGAAAGUUUGGAAAGGGUGCAGAACAGGGAAUGGUGGGUGAUGGUAACAUUGGAGCCGCCACCUGUCAUGGUGUCACCAAUGCUGGUGACGGUUGCGGCGGUAGUAACAAACCUGUAGCGUCCUCUACGCAUAAUAGCAACAGCGUCCUUCCGCCCAUGUUCCAGUCGUGGGGUGCCGGUGGUAUACUUGUUCAUUGUCGAGAGGGUGUGAGUCGUAGCGCAACUAUCGUUUUGGGGUAUCUUAUUCUUUACGGGGAGUUUCUCUCCUCUAACGGGUGCUGGGGCCGGAUCAGCGAUGAAGUGGCAACGUUGAUAAAGGAAGCAGAGAACCACAGUGCGCCUGCGGUACGUGAUGGCAGUUGCGCGCCCGUGUGUUGCGGCUCUGCGCUUCCACCGUCAACUCACCCCUCAUCCCCAAACGGUGCAAUGAUCCGCGCCGGCAACUGUAGCUUUAGCCCAAGAAGAGGAGUCAACACAACCACACCAGCAGCUGUCACCAGCGGUAGUGGAAGUCCCUCUACUGCUGUUGGGGCAAGCUCAUUCGCAGUAUGUGGAAAUGAUGCCAGUAACAACAUCCCCAUGAGUGCAACUCCCGGCACCAGCAGUAAUAAUAAUGGAGGUGCUGAGGUGCCGAAUGUGGGGAAGAACGAUUGUGAUGUCAUUGCCGAUUGUGCCUGUUGUUGCUGUGUAGCGCGCAGGAGUGUGGAGGAAGGCUCAAAAACAGCAGGAAGUUAUCAAUGGGCAUUUGAAAUGCUCAGAAAGAAAAGGAACAUAAGUCCUAACAUUGGUUUCGUACUUGCGUUGCAGGCGCUUGCUGGCGAAUGCGCCUCGCCGCAUUAG